UUGCGACGCUCUAUCCGUAUUUUAGUCUCGAUGAUACUGAAAGCGACGUUCUAUCCCAUCACACGAUCCCCUCGCUUGGCGGCAGCAGGUCGCCAUGGAGACGGUGCGGCGGAUUGUAAUUACGACGCUGACCCUGGGUGCUUUCGGUGGGGUCGGGGGUGUAUUGUGGCUCCUGGUAGCCCCAGGAGAGCAGCGCAGGUUAGAGAUGCGCAAGAAUUAUCCAGAAGCGAAUCCAGCAACUUUGGCCGAGGUGCGGAAACGAAAUGAGUUGGUACUUCAAAUUAUUAAAGAAGCAGCUGAAACAAAUGAGAAUGUGGCAAGGAAGUCACCAUGGAAAUAAUGAAUGCUGGCAAUAGAUAACUGUAAAACGUUUCCUAUUUCUGUGGAUAUUUUUCAAGGCAUUGACUGAAAGCGAAUAUUUUAAGCAUAAAAGUUUGCCCAUUUAAUGAAAUGUGAAAUGCGCCUUCUUAAAUACAAUGCAGCCGUAUCUGA